UAGUCGUGCAAUUUACAGGUAAGGACCGCGUAACUGCGGUUUAAACAAACAGUACACGAGUUUCGGCUGACGUUAGCGGUUUCUCGUGACACGCUUACCUGUUGAAAUCAGGGAGUUUAUCCUAUUUUCCGGGUCCGGAUGGAGAUAUUCGCCACGUUUGAUGACUCGGUGUUUCUGGAGGCGAGAGACCGAGUCGCCGUGGCUUUGUCUUCUUACAACGCCAAGCUGUGUGAGCCGGAGUGGUUCUGUGAAAAUACUGCUCUCAAUACAGACGAUCCUUUGGAGAAGCAGAAAAUCUAUAAGUUCAGAGGUGACUUGGCUGUGAGACAGGGAAACCAUCAGAAAGCCUUGGAUGCAUACAGCAGCUGCCUGGAGUGGGUUGCUGACAACAACCUGACCAUCAGAAGAGAUGUACUGGAGGGAAUGGCCCGAUGCUGCACCAAACUGGGACAGAGAGACAGGGCGUUAGAGUUUGCAGACUUACUGAGCAAAGAAGCGUCCAACACCUGUCACCUGACCAGCCUGCUGCUGCUCAAGGUCAGCAUCUACCAGCAUUUUGGAGCCGUAGGAUCAAAGAUGUCAGCUCUUCAGCAGUUGUGUAGCCUGCUGCCCUUUAACCCCUGGUUCUGGUACAACCUUGGACAGACGUGUCUGCAGCAGCUGGAGAGCGUCAGAACCACAGUAGGAUCGUGUUCCCCAGAGAGGUGUGAAUCAGCAGAAGAGCAGAAUAAUGGAGGGACUGAGGAACAACAACAGGAGGAGGCAGCAGAGCUCAAUGAGAACAGAAUCUGGCUGAAAGCUUGCACCUGUUUCAUCAGGACAAGACUCCUUUUGAGAAUCCUUCGACAGCAGCAGUCCUCCUUUGUGUUGCAGCGCACUGAAAGCACUUUGCAAAUGACAGAUGAGGUGUUACAGAGGCUGAGUCCCAAAGAAACAACUCUGCAGGCUCUCACUGAGGUGGUGUCAGAGGACCUGAUUCCAGAUAAGAUGAGGGAGGACUACCAAGACGGGGAAAGUCUGGCCAGUGUGGGUGUGCAGAGCUUCAGGGAGCGCUGGUGGAACAAGAUCCUCCUGACUGGUGUGCUAGAGACUGAUGGCCGUCAGACACCGACACAGUGCUGAUGCUCCAGUGAUGCCUGUUUACACAGAUGUUGACAGACAGUAUGGGACUGAAGAACAUUUUGAAGGUCCUGUCACUGUAUAAAUCCCAUCAAAACGCAAAAGAAACUGGAUGAACUGAAAGCCAGAUCAAAGUCCUGCAACAGAAGUGGAAAUACACAAAUACAGUUCAAAUGCUAAAUUGAUGCUGACAAUCUCAAAAAUGCCUAAAAAGCACAAUAUUCAUAAGUGUAAAUCCCACUCCUAAAAUGGGAGAAUUGCACAGUGAAACUUGCAGUAUAAUGCUUCAUCCACCUCGUACUGUGUUUACUAUCAUUUAUGAGAGUCAUGAGAGAUGGGAAACAAAGUUAAAAAUCUUUGAAUGUUCUGCCUAAAAUGUCACGUAUGCCUUAACAUGUUAAUAUCUUAAGAAUGAUUUAAUUAAAUUUUUAUUUUUUUCUGAAAUUUUCUCAAACACUUUGCGCAGCAGUAACCUAAAUAGGCUGAGAAGAAAUGAAAAUGUAAGUUUAUGAGCGGCCUGCCUCCAAGCCAUUAUAACUGGCAAACUUUUCACUAUAACCUAAAGAUAGCCAGCUGCUCUUAAAUAUAUUUUUGUAAAGUAAUUUUAAAAAAUAGCAUUUCUAUCAUUUAAAAUGUGAAUGAUUAAAUAUUUAAAACUUAAAGAGCAUUUGGUGAGGGGACACAUUAUUUCUUACUUUACAUUGAUAAUAUGUACACGCGCACAGUUGUUUUUACUUAAUUGCCUGAUAGACCUCUUCAGACAGUCCCUGAUUGACGUCUCCUUAACUGUUAGUUCUGCUGUAUUUGAUAUAAUAGCAAUUAUUCUAGUUAGUUGACAUCAUACAACUCUCAGUGUAGCUCCACCCAGCA